AGCAAGCAGAGUCGAGCACGGAAACUUUUUCACAAAAGAGGGAAAAUAAAAGCAUUCAUUCAAGAACAACAUACAACAUAGAGAGAGAAAAAAAAGAGGGCUUUUCUGCAACGUCAAUGGCGAUUUAGGGUUUCUUCGUACUCCAAUUUCUCUACUUUAUUACAUUCCUCUAUUCUACCUCCACUUUCAUCCUUCUUCCUCUUAAUCCUCCUCUCAAUUUCACAUCACAAAACCCUAAUUUCACCCCCAAUUUACCACGGCUCGUAUUGUUCCGACUUGUUCGAGAAUUUGCUGACGUAAUUGAGUUGUUAUGGGAGCACCGGAGAAGCUAGCUGCUUCUAACACCAGUUCGAUGCAGCGUGUCAAGGUAUACCGACUCAAUGAUGAUGGAAAGUGGGAUGAUCAAGGGACAGGCCAUGUCACCAUUGACUAUUUUGAGAGGUCUGAAGAUUUGAGCUUGUUUGUCAUUGAUGAAGAAGACAAUGAAACAUUGCUUGUGCACCGUAUUUGCUCCGAUGAUAUAUAUCGGAAGCAAGAAGACACAAUAAUUUCAUGGCGGGAUGUUGAGUAUUCAAGUGAACUAGCUCUUAGCUUUCAAGAGACCACAGGCUGCUCGUACAUAUGGGAUAAUAUAUGCAAUGUGCAGCGCAAUCUGCAUUUUAGCACUAUCCGCAAUGAGACAUAUCAUGGAACGAACAAUGAGUUACGGGAGUUGCCUGCAGUAGAGUUGUCAACACUUCCUAAAAUACUUAAGGUUGUGGUUGACAGUAGUGUUACAGAUCAGUUAUGUGUAACGGAGCUCAUACUGCAUGAGCAAAAUUUCUUUCCGAAAUUGAUGGAUUUGUUUAGAGUAUGUGAAGAUUUGGAAAACAAGGAAGGCCUUCACAUGAUAUACAAAAUUGUCAAAGGGAUCAUUCUACUCAACAGUCCGCAAAUCUUUGAGAAAAUUUUCGGCGACGAUUUAAUCAUGGAUAUUAUUGGAUGUCUUGAAUAUGACCUAGAAACACCUCAUGUCAAUCAUAGAAACAUCCUCAAAGAACACGUUGUCUUCAAGGAGGCCAUACCAAUUAAAGAUAACCUAACUUUGUCAAAGAUACAUCAGACAUACAGAAUCGGUUAUUUGAAGGAUGCUGUGCUGCCUAGGGUUUUGGAUGAGGCUACGAUUGCAAGCCUUAAUUCUAUGAUUCACUCAAAUAAUGGAAUGGUUGUCACUUUAUUGAAAGAUGAUCCCACAUUUAUUAAGGAAUUGUUUGCGAAGUUAAAAUCUCCUACUACGUCCCCUGAUUCCAAAAGAAAUUCGGUAUUUUUCUUACAAGAGUUUUGUAGCCUAAUCAAGAGCUUGCAAAUGGUCCAACAACUCCGAUUAUUUAGAGAUCUAGUGAAUGAAGACCUAUAUGGUGUCAUUACCAAUAUAUUACAAAGUGACGAUAAGAAGCUUGUACUAACUGGGACAGACAUCCUCAUGUUUUCUGUGAACCAGGAUCCAGCCAUGUUACGUUCUUAUGUUAGUCGGAAAGAAGGUGUCCCGUUACUCGGCCUUCUGGUGAAAGGGAUGCUUACAGAUUUCGGGAAUGAUAUGCAUUGCCAGUUUCUUGAAAUAAUUCGAAGUCUUCUAGAUUCGUUUUCUUCAGCUGGACAGAGAGAAGCGAUCGUUGAAAUCUUCUACGAGAGGCACUUGGACCAAUUAAUCAAUGUUAUAACAUCAUCUUGCAAGAAUAUAAACAGAAAUCAUGGAUCUCAAACGAGUGCAAAGCCGGAAAUACUGUUGAACAUAUGCGAUCUUUUAUGCUUCUGCGUUCUUCACCAUCCUUAUAGAAUAAAGUGCAACUUCUUGCUUAACGGUGUUUUAGAUAAAGUUUUAUAUCUGACUCGAAGAAGGGAAAAAUAUCUUGUAGUUGCAGCUGUUCGGUUUAUUCGAACGUUAAUCUCACAUAAUGAUGAACAUCUUGCGAGUUAUAUUGCUAAAAACAACGUAUUUAGACCGAUUAUUGAUGCUUUUGUCAGUAAUGGAAAUCGCUAUAAUUUAUUGAACUCUGCAGUUCUUGAGCUUUUUGAGCAUAUCCGUAAGGAAAAUUUGAAGAUACUACUAAAGUAUUUAGUUGAAACAUUUUGGGAUCGGUUGGUCAAAUUUGACAGCUUACCGUCCAUUCAAUCUCUCAAAGUUAGAUACGAUCAGACCCAAAAAGAAGAAGAUUCUAGAAGACGUGUAGAAGAACGUGUUUUGGAGAAAGAAGAGGAGGAUUAUUUUAACAAGGAUAGUGACGAAGAAGAUUCGGCGUCCGCAUCAACACCUCGUACCACACAGAUACGCGCUAAACCCGUUUCAUCGAGUGGAACCGAUGCCAGCUCUCCGUCAUUAAGGGUUGGUGGUGGGCUAGUUGAUUACGAAGACGACGACGAUGAUGAAGACUACAAACCACCACCGAAAAAAGAGUCGGAAAAACUCGAAGAAGACGAAAAAAGUCUAGAAUUUAGAUUAAAAAGAAAACUUAUGGCCGCAAAAGAAGAUCCCAACUUGGUUAAAAAACAUCGUCUAGUAGGGAAAAACCCUAAAUCAAAAGAAAGUUUAUUUGCUACAUUAUGCUCAACUUUAAGUCAUGCGGCAUUACCGUCUAAAAAACCGACAAGCAGUACACCCGCCAUUGAUGAAACGACGGGUCAUGAAAAGAAUGGGGUGGUUAGCCCAUCUGAGAAUAGUAACCACACAAGUAAAAUUCCGGAAGAAAAAGGAGUUACGGGCACUUAGAAGCCAAUCUGAUGGCCCGACCCGUAGAUGUAAGAAACUACGUGGCUCAAGAAGCUCUAUGCUGCCACCUGGACAACUUUUAUGAGAAACAGUUUCUUAACAAGAAUCCGGGUUGGUUACUUAUUCUUGAUGCUUUUAGCGCAUUUGUACAAACCCUCUGUAUAAGUUAAAGUUAACUCACAAAUUUUGCCUUGAUUUUAUGGACUCUCUUUAGCUAUCUGAACUGUUUUUGUGUUGAGUUUGUGUGUAAAAGGAAGAAUGGUGGGUCAAAAUGGCAGAAUCCUCCCUUUUUGGGAGAGUAUAUGUUGUACAUUGAAGUUCUAAAAGAAAAACUGAGAAAAUUCUACUAAGAUUUGAUUCAGUUAUACAAGCCAAAA